UUAUACGUAAAUGAAUCAUUAUAAUUGGAAUUUUCUUACGAUAUGGCAGGCCACGGUGUUGACGAUGAUCCAAGCUUGAAGGGUCUUACUCGUUACUUUAACAGCUCUACAACGAGAGGGAGAGCAAAUGUAACGAAAGUGACUUAUGCGUUGCUUGCCGUGUAUUACUUGUAUAGUAAAAUGAAGCCUCAGCCUAAGCCUAAAUCUAAAAAGUGAAUGCAAUGUUAAUGAUUCAUUUACAAUUUUCACUAAUAUCGUCUCUCUCACUAUUCUAACCUGCUAGAGUCCGUAAUUACAUAAGAAGGCUAAAUUACAUAAAAUUCAGAAUGGCCGGAGACAACGCCGACGGAGCACAGCUGAAAGGCUUGUCUAAGUAUUUCAACAGCCAGACAUACAGCGGCAGAGCAAACGUGGCCAAGGCGACAUAUGCAUUCUUCGGCGUAGUGAUCCUUUACAACAUGCUUAAACCUAAGUCAAAGUAAAUACACACUUCAUAAUUUGUUAAUUAUAUCGUAACUAGCCAUGGUUUCUGUUAAGUAAAAUAUACAUUCAUUUAGUGAGAAGUAAAAUCAUGUAAGUCACUGAAAA